AUGGACGUGGCGGCGGAGCCCCUCCUGCCGCAGCCGGCGACCGCCCUGGACCACCUCGGCCGGCCGGUCUCCCGCCACACCACCGACCGGUGGACCGCAGCCGUCUUCAUCAUCGGGGUGGAGAUCUCGGAGCGGUUCGCGUUCGGGGGCAUCUCGGGGAACCUGAUCAACUACCUCACCGGCCCGCUCGGGCAGUCCACGGCUUCGGCCGCCGCGGCCAUCAACGCGUGGAGCGGCGCCGCGCUUAUGCUGCCGCUGCUCGGCGCCGCCGUCGCUGACUCGUGGCUCGGCCGCUACCGCACUAUCAUCAGCGCCUCCCUCCUCUACAUCCUGCAAAAACAAGACUUCAUGGAGUUUAUGCUGUUCCGGAAUACUAGGAUUGCUAAGAGUGGUUCCUCUGCAGUUAACCCUCGAUCCUUAAUGGAGUUUAUGCUGUUCCAUAACUUCAUUGAUCUUGACAGUUUAUUCACGACUUGCUCCAUUUUGCUGGAUUGUAUGCUCACCCUAUCAUCAAUUUUUGUGCCACAACAACCAGCACAAUUUGGAGACAACAUGGGUUCCUCCGCAUCCUGGAUGGGUAUCCAUUUAGCGUUCUUCUAUGUGUCACUUUACAUAGUGGUAUGUGCUCAAGGGGGCCACAAACCAUGUGUCCAAGCAUUUGGGGCUGACCAAUUUGAUGAGAAUGAUCCUGAAGAAUGUGCCUCAAGGAGCUCCUUCUUCAAUUGGUGGUACUUUGGGGCAUACGGAGCCAAUAUUAUUACAGUUUCAAUCUUGAAUUACAUCCAAGAUAACAUAAGCUGGCAGUUUGGGUUUGGUAUCCCAUGCAUUGCCAUGUCCGUUUCUCUUGCAAUUUUCUGGCUUGGUACAAAGAAGUACCGCUUCUAUCCUCCAGUGAGUAGCAAAGGGCUAUUUGAAAAUAUUGGUAAAUCACUUCUUGCAUGGAUUCGAUGCUGGUGUGCAUCAUGGUAUCCAAAAUCAUCUGACGAGUCUCACUUUGCAACUACAUCAUCAUCCAAGGGAGACAAGUACAACAGAGAAACUAAAUAUUUCCCUGAUGAUGCUGUUGCAGUGCUAAAAUUGCUCCCAAUAGGGGCAACCUGCCUGAUCUAUGCAGUUGUCUUUGCUCAAUGGAUGACACUAUUCACUAAGCAAGCAAGUACACUAGAUAGGUGGAUAGGUACCUUACAGGUACCAGCUGCUACCCUUCAAAGCUUGAUCAGUGUGUCAAUUGUUGUAUUUGUUCCUAUAUAUGACCGCAUCCUCAUUCCACUGGCCAAGAAAUACUCAAAGAAUACUUGUGGUAUCACAACAUUGCAACGAAUUGGUAUUGGAUUGGUUUUAUCUGUGAUCCUGAUGGUUGUCGCAGCCCUUGUGGAGAUGAGAAGGUUCAGGGUAGCAAGAGAUUAUGGCCUGGUUGACAAACCCGGUGUCACAAUCCCUAUGAGCUUCUGGUGGGUGGUCCCUCAAUUCAUUCUGUCUGGCUUGGCAGAUGUGUUCACAAUGGUCGGCUUGCAAGAAUUUUUCUAUGACCAAGUACCAGAUGGUUUGCGCAGCUUGGGGCUUGCUCUAUACUUGAGCAUAUUUGGACUUGGAGCUUCAUCAGUAGCUUCCUUGUGUAUACAAUUGACAAGGUAA